UUCUCACGUAUUGUCCACUUUGUCUUAUGUUUUUUUAAAAGCAAUUCGCUAUGUGGGAUGUCUUACCAACCGAACUCUGCGGAAAGGUUCUGACCUACGUCAGCCUGCAUGAUCUCUUUACCGUACGAGCCGUAUCUUGGCGAUGGCGGAACCUAGCCGAACGACAGACGUUCCAUCAUAUUCGUGAUCAAAACAUGGUCAACACGGUUGAAUUCGGGAAUGAGAGCAGCUACAUACAAGUCAAAAUGUAUGCCACUCAAUUCGACGCCGCCAAUGGAGUCAUCACCUUCGAGUGCCGUGAACAACCAUCCACGGUGCUCUUGGCUACUCGUCGAUCAGGGGUGAUUUUACCUGUGCACCCAAAAUUCAUGACCAUCCACUUUGAUGGAUGGACGUCUGGUAGCAUGCCAACAACUCCCCCUGAACAACUCUCAGAGAAAGAAAAGGAACGCUAUAGACUUCAUUCAACGUAUAAUUAUGCCCAAGAAAGGGCUUUGGAACUUCCCAGCUGGGAUAAGGCCGGCUCACACUUGGUGGGCGAUCAUGAUCACAUUCUGUCAUUUGCAUACUUGCAGUCACAAUCUUAUCACACUAUCAUCUCCUCAUAUGCUACUUUCCACUGGCUCAAGGUGUCCCUCUCCUGGCUGGCAGCUGGCCUGGCAGGUGGCGUUUCGCAAACUCCCUUGGACCAAAUUUUUGCCGCACGCUACAGUUUACUCUCCGGUCAACUGGCGAAACAAGGCUGCUUCAAGUACGAUGCUACUUCCGAGCCUGUACUACGGUAUAUUAUGAAUGACGAGAAGCAGACUUUUUGUGACCUCGUAGAAUAUAUCCGAACCCACGACAUGGAAACGCGGUUGUCUCGGUUACAGCAUGCUCUACCUGCUGUUGGCGUUGAUUAUCGCAUGAUCUGGAAAUACCCCUUCGCUAAGGCCUUUGUGACCGGCCGCGCUCUCCUUCUAAGUGAAGACGAUGUGAUAAGAGGAAUAGAAGGAGGAGAGCAAGAGUGUAAAGCCUUGUUGCAGAGCGUGUACAAGCGAAGAAACUGCGAAAGAGUUAUUCGUGAACAACAACAACGACGUAGGAGUGUGAUUCAAACUUGAAUCCUUCUAAACAUGAUACCCCUGUUUCUGACCUUCCAUUUCAUUGCAAACGUACUUCGAGCUCUUAAUAAUACCGAAUUUUCAAAACGAUGGGAAAAUUGUCCUU